AUGGAGACUCUGGUGCUUGUUGCCAUUGUGGUGAUUCUGGCCACCUUUUUCCUAGGAAGCACGAUAUUUGCACCCUCUCGAACAGUGGAAAUCAAUCCCGCGGCCGACGAUGUGGCUGUGGAGGAGCAGGAGUUCACUCCUCGUACUCUGUAUAAGUACAAUGGGUUCGAUCUCGAGCAGAUAUAUAUUGCAGUGAAGGGCAAUGUGUAUGAUGUGUCAAAAUCCAGACAAUUCUACGGUCCAUCAGGGCCAUACUCGAACUUUGCUGGCCACGACGCAUCUCGUGGACUAGCAAAAAACUCGUUUGACGAGUCCAUGGUGAGGGAUUUUGGGGAGCCAAUUGACGAUUUGAAAGAUCUUACGGAGGCAGAAUGGAAAGCCCUGGAUGGCUGGGAAGAAACGUUCAAGUCCAAGUACCCUAAGGUGGGGGUUUUGGUGGAGGAAAAGAAAUAG